AUGGAGGUUCCAGAACCCACCUGCCCUGCCCCUCCUGCCAGGGACCAGCCAGCUCCUGCUCCUGGCCCUCCAGGGGUCUCAGGUGGCCAGGCCUCAUCACAUCUGGCCCUGGGCCCCAUCAUCCUGCCUCCGGAGCAGGGCCUGGCCCCCACUAUGUUCCUGAAGGCCCUUCCCAUUUCAGUGUAUCACACAGUGCCUCCCGGGAGUCUCCAGCCUCGCGCCCCCUUAGUGACAGGCAGCCUGGAAGGAGGCAGCAUGCCCUUCAUCCUCAGCCCCCUCCUGCAGCCUGAAGGGCCCAGCCCCACCCAGGUGGGGAAGCCAGUGGCCCCGAUGCUGACCGUGAACAUCGUGGGUACGCUGCCAGUCUUGUCACCGGGCCUGGGGCCCACACUGGGUGGCCCAGGCAAGGUGCGAAAUGCCGGCAAGUACCUGUGCCCACACUGUGGCCGGGACUGCCUGAAGCCCAGUGUCUUGGAGAAGCACAUCCGGUCCCACACGGGUGAGAGGCCCUUCCCGUGUGCCACCUGCGGUAUUGCCUUCAAGACCCAGAGCAACCUAUACAAGCACAGGCGAACCCAGACGCACCUCAACAACUCCCGGCUGUCCUCAGAGUCUGAUGGGACUGGGAGCAGCCUCCUGGAGGAGGGGGACAAGGCGGGGGAGGCCUCCAGAUCAGACAGCUGGGGCGAAAACCACAGCCAGAGGAUGGGUGAGGGGGCAUCUGAGAGACCCCCCUCUCCAGGCGUCCUCGUGUCUCUUGCUGCCAAGAAACCAGAAGCCAUACCCUGUCCAGGGGCCACAUCUGCAGACAGAGAGGUUCCCCUAGACUCUGUCCUCAUGGUGUCCCCUGGGCUGCCCCCGGCCGGCACGCAGCCCUGGCGCAAGCUGCAGGAGCAGAAGUCUUCUACCGCCAGCAAGCCAGGAGCCCUGCAGCGACAGCAGGCAACUUCUGCGGAGAAGCCCUGGGACACCAAGGUCUCGGAGGGUCAGCUGCGCAAGUGUGAGAGCACCGACUCAGGCUACCUGUCGCGCUCAGACAGUGUAGAGCAGCCCCCGGCUCCCUGCAGCCCUCUGCACAGCGUGUCUGAACACAGCGCUGAGUCCGAGGGAGAGAGUGGCCCAGGUCAUGGGGUCUUGGGGCUUGGGAGCGUGGAGCAAGGGACACGAGGGACCAGCCUGGAACUGGAGAAGAGGCGUCUGGAGGAGCGCAUCGCCCGGCUCAUCUCCCACAACCAGGCCGUGGUGGACGAUGCCCAGCUGGACACGGUGAGGCCCCGCAAGACCGGACUGUCCAAGCAGGGCAGCAUCGACCUGCCCAUGCCCUACACCUACAAGGACUCCUUCCACUUUGACAUCCGAGCCCUGGAGCCCAGUCGCAGGAGGGCCCUAGGUCCAGCGCGCUCCACCUGGACACCCCCUGACAAGUCACGACCCCUUUUCUUCCACUCUGUCCCCACUCAGCUCUCCACUACCAUGGAGUGUGUUCCUGUUACCAGGAGCAACUCGCUUCCCUUUGUAGAGGGCUCCAGGACGUGGCCAGAGCCCCGAGACCCCCAGGACACUGGCCCCAGGACACAGAAGUUCCUAAGCCCCAAGUCCACCCCGGCCCACCUGGGCUGCCACAUGGGGCUGACCUCAGCUGACACCCCCGGCGGUCACCCCCGGGCCCUGGUCAGACAGGCAGCCGUGGAGGACCUACCAGGCACCACCACUGGCGAUGCCUCCACCACUGCAGUUGACCUGGAUGCAAAGAGAACCACUGCCAGGGAAGCGGUCACUGGCAAGGGCAGGGUAGCCAACAGAAGGUCUGGCCAGAAGAGGCUGAAGAUGUUCUCCCAAGAGAAGUGGCAGGUGUAUGGGGAUGAGACAUUCAAGAGAAUCUACCAGAAAAUGAAAGCUCGCCAUGGAGGCAAGAAGGCCAGGGAGGUUCAAGCAGACAGCAGGACAGAAUUAGACCUUCUUCCCCAUGAAGAUGACCCAACCCGACCGCAAGACACAAGAACCUCUGUUUGUGGGGAUAUUUCUGCAGGGGCCAAGCCACAGCCUUGGGGAAAUCCACCUGCCCUGGAGGCCUCCUUGGUGACUGAGCUCCCUAAGCAGGGGGAGAUGGUGGCCAGAGUAGGAGAUAGUGACCAGCCUAGCAUGGAAGGGGCCAAACCAUCCCCCACACUUGACGGGACAGGCCCCUCCUGUUCAGGCAGCAAGAGCCCCUUGCUUCCUCCAAGUGGGAGGCUGGAACUGGGGUGCCAGUUACCCCCAGUGCCUACCCCUCUCAAAGGGAGAGAUCUAGAGACCCCCAGGCUGGUUUUGCCAGAUCCCAGGCUGGAAGGAGGUGCCCACAGCAGUGAGGAUGUAAAGAAGACCUGUCUGUGGGCCCAAACUGUGUUGAGUCGGCCCAGUGGUAGCUCUGGGGAGGACAAGCUACCCUCAGAGAGGAAGAAGCUGAAGAUGCUCAGCCAGGGCCCGCUGGAGCCUGUGGAAGCAGAGCUCAUGCAGGCUGCCUCACUGCUGUCCCAGAAGCAGGACAGUGAACCUGGGACAAUGCCAGGGGGGUCAUGUGAGACAGUAGGUGAGCCCCUCAAGUUCCCUGGAGCCUCCUUGGCUACUGCUUCGAUUGCCCUAAAGCAGGUGGGGCUGAGGGACAAGGCCCCCUCACUGCAUCCUCCAGCCCUGGUCCCCAGACACUGUUCCCUGCUGGCCACCCAGCCCAGGGCUCCUGGAGUCCUCUCUGCUCUGGCAGACAAUGCCUUUCCCCCCAAGUACCUCCUCAGGUUACCUCAGGCAGAGACCCUCUCACUACAGCCCGUUCCCAGAGGGCCCAGGCAAAGCCAGAACUCUGUCUACAGGAGUGGGCAGCCUGGGGAACAGGUGUCCUCUGUUGGAUUAGGACUGGGGACCCCCUUGUCUUCUGGCCCAGUCUCAGGCCCAUUCCCAGACGAGGCAGACAGCUGGUCCAGGCAGUGGGAUGAGAGGAAAGGCACACAAUCGGGAGAGAAGGGAGACAGGAUAGUCAUGAGCAUCUCAGCAGUUUGGGAGUCUCUUAGCCCAGGGGUCCCCAGGGAGACCACCUCCUCCCCGCCUGCCCCCACAUGUGAUGCCUACGUAGCCCAGGACAUAGAGGGUGAGACCCAUGCCACCCAUCACCUCUGCAUGGGCAGCAUUCUGGCAAGGGCCAGGCCCUCCAGGGAUGUCUCAAACCCCUGGGCACCCAACUUGGAGCUGGGAGGGGCUCCUGAGAAUGCUCCAGAAGACCCUCCUUCAGGGUCCCCUGCAGGGCUCAAUGCCUGCUGCCCGCUCCAGCCCAGCUCCUUCCUCACUCAGCCCCAGGGUGUGCCUCUGGACUGGCCCAAGCUGGCCUUAUCUUUCCACUCAGGAACCCCCAGGGGCCUCGGGGCCCAGAGCCCCUUCCCUUCUCUAAAGGCUGAGCCACGGCUCACAUGGUGUUGCCUGAGCCGCAGCCUCCCUCUGCCUGAGGAGCAGAAAGCGAAGGCAGCCUCCGUGUAUGCGGCCCUGCACAUCCCUGGCAGCAGCCUCCAGGGUGAGAGCCCCAUGAGCCAUGAAGGAUGGACCCUGACAAGCACUAGAGAAGGAGAGCCGAUGCAGAUGGCCAAGCUCUCCUACCCGAGAGUCCCGGGGAUGAUGUCCCAGGAUCAUGUAUCUGCACCAGAACGGAAGAAAGGACUGCUUCAUUGGAGGGCGAGGACAUUUCGUGGGAACAGCAAGGAGAAGAAAUUGAGGACCAACCCUAAAAGGUAUAAAGGGAGUUUCUUGCAAAGCCGCAUUCAGCUGAGAGCCAGCAGACUUCGCAAGCCAACCUGGGUGCCCAGAAGAAGGUACCCUCCUCCCCAACCCAAGGGGCUGGACCCAGGCAGGACCUGUGGACAGGCUUCUUCAGAAACGGCAGGUCUAAGUCUGCAAGAGGAGCUAUCUUGUGCCACCUCGGAAUCAUCUGUUUGUUGUGGGAACCAAGAGAAGAAGAAAGAUGACUACAGACAAACCUCAGGACUCUUCUCUCCUAGUACAAGGUCAAUGACUGUCAGAGAAAUCAACAAACUAACUGUGAAGGAUAUUUCUCCAUCUGCCGGUGAGUGUGGUGACUGUUCUCACAACACUGCUGCCAGGGUGUCGGGAUUAUCUCUGCAAUCUGAUACCUGCAGGGCAGUGGUUAAGGACAGUCCUCUGCCCCAUGACAAAGGCCUUGACCUUGGAAUGCUGGAGACCCAGCUGCUGCCCUCCCAGGAUCAAAUCUUAACAGAUCCCAAACCAUGCAUUUUCUCAGAUGCCCAUGAGCCUUCUACCUUUGGGCCCAAAGGAACUUUUCUACGCCAUGACAUUGCUACCUCUGUGGCUGUUUGCCUUUCUCUGGGAGUGACAGCAGGUGACAUAGCCCUGGGAACUCACAGUAAAGAGCCUCAAGAUUACAGCUGGGCUGCAGUAGAUGCUCUGGCACCAAGCUCCCCAGACAGCAAAGCCACGGCAGAGAACAGCACACAGAUACUCUUGCCAGGAAGACCUUCAUCUGGGCAAAGAAUUUCAGGUUUGGUACCAUUGGGGGCAACUGGAAAAGCUCAUCUCGAAAUACCAGAUUCAGGACCAAGUUCAACUAGUUCACACCAAAAGGAAGGGAGACCCAAGACAUUUUUUCCUUCCAAGGGCCAGUAUGUGUAUGAGGAAGUGGCCAUCUCCUUCCCCUCUUUAGGAAGUGACAGUGAGAAGUGCCAAGUAUCUGAAUUAAUCCCUCUGAAGGGUUCUAUGGUUUCCCCUAAUCCAGGGCAGCCCACAGAAAUCCCUGAAGCCCCUUCUAAAUCUGUCAAGAAGAGGAGUUUGGAAGGAAUGAGAAAGCAAACUCGAGUGGAGUUCAGUGACACCAGCAGUGAUGAUGAAGACCGAUUGGUUAUUGAAAUAUGA